UCCAUCGUACAUACACACACAACAACAAUGGCGGCAGUCGAGGCUCCACAACCUGCCCUGGCUGCUGUUUCCAAAACCAGCAGCGAGGGAUAUGAGAAGAAAUGUAUUUUCUGCAAGAUUGUAAACAAUGAAAUGGGCACAGAGCUGCUGCACUGUGACGAGGACCUCUCAUGUUUCAGAGACAUCAAACCUGCAGCUCCCCAUCAUUACCUGGUCGUUCCAACCAAACAUGUAGGGAACUGUAAAUCACUCGGCAAGGAGCACGUGCCUUUGGUGAAGCGGAUGGUCGAGGCGGGGAAGGAGAUCCUCCAGAAAAAUGACGUAACGGACCUCAGUGAUGUCAGGUAUGGUUUCCACUGGCCUCCAUUCUGUUCUGUCACACACCUCCACCUCCAUGUCCUGGCACCUGCCAGUCAAAUGAGCCUCAUGUCUCGCCUCUUCUACAGACUCAACUCCUAUUGGUUUAUCACGGCAGACCAGCUGCUUGAGCUUCUCAACUCUAAAGAAGACACCAACUGAUCACUUGUUUGGAUCCAGUUCUGACGGGACUGAAACCUCCGCCUCUCACACACUCAACAUAAGACGCCUCUCACACACCAACAUAAGACGCCUCUCACACACCAACAUAAGACGCC